AUGAUGGUUACGUCAUGGAAGGCCCCGCUGCUCCCAAGUCAGGCGAAGACGCGAUACGCGCGUUUACAUGUGGGUUUCAUGUGUGCUGCGGUGCGUCUGCGGUUGUCCGCAAGCGAUGCGGGAGACAGAUCGUACCGCACGGGAUCCGACACGGAAGGCGCAGCAACUACGGACAACCCUACAACGCCAUUUCCUACGCCGCCCCCAACCUUGACACCGAAUCAUCGGCAAGCUUCUCCGUUUCCCCUCGAAAGCACAAACUCUCGCCGGCAUCAUUAUAACGGCAGCAUAUCUUCCGAGAGAUCUCGCAACGGCAAUGGUGAGACCAUUUACGCGGCGUCCACAAAAAAGACGACUUCCGGCGGCGGUACCUUAGGUCGAAGAACACGCCGAGGUCACGCAAGCGCCUUGAGCAGUAGCUCCACCGCGAGCGAUCGUUCCGAAACCGUCUUCCCCGAUGAACACACACGCAUGCAUCUCACCAAUGAUACCGGUAGGGAUUCCCCUCCGGAACCCGCGCCACCGGAAGUACCGCCGCGUGGACCGUCUUUACACGCGACGCAUACUUUACGCACGCAACAAAAUCGAAAUGGUUGUCCACCGAACGCGUCAGGGAAUUUCACUGUGCCAAGUGACCAAAUGCCGACCGAGACAUAUUCGGGGUAG